AUGGCCGGCACACGCAUCGCGGAUGCGCCGCAGCCGGCGGCGCUCUCCUGGCAGAGCCUCGCGGAGAGCGGGCGGCUCGCCCGCGCGCUUGACAGGGAGAGCGCAGACGCCCCGCACGUCCGAAAGCUCCGCCUCACCCUCGAGCCCAAAGCUGAGCCGCACACGCUGCGGCUCAAAAUGCCGUGCGACUGCGGGAGCUGCAUCGUCAAGGCUCAGAUGAAGGCGGGCGCCUCCUGCCUGGUGCUGGUCUGGAACGAGGAGAAGCAGAAGUGCUCGCUCCGCCUCAACGAGCUCGCGGACGCCGCGCCAAGCGAGGGGCCGCCUGCGCCCGCCGCCGGCGUUGCGGCUGCAGAGGCGGACACUCAAGCGGCGGCAAGCACUGCCACUGCCGAGGCGGUGGGCGGCGAGGGCGGCGGGGACGGCGUGAGCGGCAAGGUCGGCGAGGGCGGCGACGGCGGCGAGGGCGGCGACGGCGGCGACGGCGGCGACGGCGGCGACGGCGGCGCGGGCGGUGGGGGCGGCGACGGCAGCGAGGGCGAGGGCGGCGACGAGGAGGCCGGCGGUGGCGGAGGCGGCGGCGGCAGCGGUGGCAGUGGCGAGGCUGCGCUGCCGGGAAGCAGCGCAGCGUGUCCGAUGGAGCUGGACAGCGACGACGAGCCGGAGCCGGCGGCUGCUACGGAGCCUGCGGCCUCCGCGGUGGAGAGCGAGCAGAGCCCGCCCCUUAUGGCGCCCGCGGCGGCGGCGGCAGGGGCAGAAGAGCCGGCGCCGCUGGAGGAGGGAGCGGCGGCGGCGGCGGAUGAGGCAGAGGCGCCAGUGGCGGUCGCGGAGGGCUUGCGUCUGCAUUGGUCGAGCAGCAACCCAAGCGGCUACAAGGGGGUGCGCAAGGACUCGCGAACCGGCCGCCUCAGCUUCUACGCGCAGCACAGUGUGCGCGGAAGAAAUGUCGCACUCGGCCGCUUCGACACGGCGGUGGAGGCGGCGGUGGCGUACGCGCGGGCGGUCGGCGAGUACCAGCCUCCGGCUCAUCCUCCUCCGACGGUGGCGACAGAGGCGGAGGGAUUGCGGCUGCACCUCUCUAGCAGCAGCGUCACCGGCUACUUGGGCGUGCACGAGCACCAUGUCGGCUGGGGCGACGCGGAGGCGGCGCAGGUGGCGGAGGUCCUCGCGAGCGGGGCAGCGCCGCGGCUCGAGAGGCUCGCUCUCAUCGGCAACAAGAUUGGCGACGAGGCGCCGCGGCUCGAGAACCUCGAACUCACCGGCAACAAGAUUAGUGACGAGGGCUGCAAGGCGCUUGCCGCCGCCCUCGGCACGGAGGGGGCAGCGCCGCGGCUCGAGAGGCUCGAGCUCUGGGGCAACAAGAUUGGCGACGAGGGCUGGAAGGCGCUGGCCGCCGCCCUCAAGGAGGAGGCCGCCCCGAGCUUGAAGGCGCGAGACGCCCCCCUCGCCACACGCCCCGCCCAAUGCUCAUCGAACCUCCCUCGCGUGCAGGUGCUCGUCGUGGACAACAAGGAGCAGCCUGAGCUGGUGGCAGUGUGCGAGGAGCGCGGCAUCGUCUUCUGCUGA